AUGAAGGUUAAUAAACUUGAUGGAAAGAUGUCAGGUGAGGGAGAUAAUGUGAAGGUGGCCAUCCGUUGCCGGCCUCUUAACGAGAAAGAAAUUGCCAAUGAAUGCAAACAGACUGUCUUCAUUGAUUCCAUGAGGGGCACGGCUUCUGUUGAGAAUCCGAAUGCAUCCCAUGGGGAACCGAUGAAAGUUUUCACAUUCGAUACCGUCUUCGGACAUGACUGUAAACAGGUCGAUGUCUAUAAUGAAAUUGCUCGUCCAAUUAUAGAUUCUGUUCUUGGAGGUUACAAUGGAACCAUUUUUGCUUACGGUCAGACAGGAACUGGCAAGACUUUCACCAUGGAAGGUCUUCGAGCAGUGGCUGAAAUGAGAGGCAUCAUACCCAAUUCUUUCGCUCAUAUUUUUGGUGCCAUCGCCAAAGCGGAAGGCGAAACUCGUUUUCUCGUACGGGUUUCUUAUCUGGAGAUUUAUAACGAGGAGGUGCGGGAUCUUCUUGGAAAGGACCAAAAUCAGAGACUAGAGGUGAAAGAGAGACCAGAUGUUGGGGUUUACGUCAAGGAUUUGUCGGCGUUUGUGGUGAACACUGCCGACGACAUGGACCGAAUUAUGACCAUUGGAAACAAGAAUCGAGUCGUUGGGGCCACAAAUAUGAACGCCCAUAGUUCCCGAUCGCAUGCCAUUUUCUCUGUAACUAUUGAAUGCAGCGAAAAGGGAAUUGAUGGCCAUCAGCAUGUACGUAUGGGGAAACUCCAUUUGGUUGACCUGGCGGGUUCUGAGCGACAGACCAAAACUGGCGCCACCGGCCAAAGAUUAAAAGAAGCUACAAAGAUCAACUUAUCCCUCUCAACUUUAGGUAAUGUUAUAUCUGCUCUUGUGGAUGGCAAAAGUAGCCAUAUUCCUUAUCGGAAUUCUAAAUUGACUCGUUUGUUGCAGGAUUCUCUUGGAGGGAACUCUAAAACUGUGAUGAUUGCCAAUAUCGGCCCGGCUGAUUAUAAUUACGACGAGACCAUUAGCACAUUGCGGUAUGCAAAUCGUGCCAAAAAUAUUAAGAAUAAAGCCAAGAUUAAUGAAGAUCCUAAAGAUGCCCUCCUGCGCCAAUUCCAGGAAGAAAUCAGAGAACUCAAGAAACAGUUGGAACAAGGCAUCUCCAACGAAAACGAUUACACUGACGGGGAUGCUGAAAUCAUUGAGAAAGAUGGCCAGAAUUUCAAGAACAAAAAAGAUAAGAAAUCAUGGAAGAUCUCCAAAGAGAAAAUGUCUGAGAUUGAACAGAAGAUUGCAGAAGAUCGGAAACUCUUAGAGGAAAAGAAAGACAUGGAGGAGGAGGAACGGAACAAAAUCAAAGAUAGUUUGGACGAAAAAGAAUCGGAAUUAAGGAAAUACCACGAGGAAAUGAAUCAGCUCAGUGAGAAGCUGGCCGCCAUUGAGAAAAAAAUUAUUGUCGGAGGGGAGAAUCUCUUGGAAAAAGCUGAAGAGCAAGAACGUCUUUUGGGAGAAAGCGCUUGUGAGCUGGAGAAGCGGAAACAACACGAGGAAGAGCUGAGAAAGGCUCUGGAAGAAAAAGAACAAGAGCGACUGGAUAUCGAAGAGAAAUACUCUAGUCUCCAAGACGAGAUUACUGGUAAGACGAAAAAGCUGAAGAAAUGUUGGAUGAUGUACACUCAGGCAAAAAUCGAGAUAGCCGAUUUGCAGAAGGAUCAUCAACGCGAAAUGGAAGGGUUGCUUGAAAAUGUCCGACAGCUGAGCCGUGAACUCAAGUUGCAAAUGUUGAUCAUCGACAAUUUUAUUCCGAUGGAGUUCCAGAAAAUGCUUGAGCACUACGUCCAUUGGAACGAAGAUAUCGGAGAAUGGCAGCUGAAGUGUGUUGCCUACACGGGUAACAAUAUGCGGAAACAGUCCGCCCAGUCGGAGGAAUGCCGGGAGAAUUUUGGAGAGGUCGACCUCUCUAAUAUUUAUCUUGCUUACACCCAAGAAGGUGCGACGCAAGCUGUGAGGCCAAAGUCGAGCAAAGUGUCCAAAUCCGGCCGUCCGAAGACUGCAUCAAGGCCGAAGACAUCCAAGAAGAAGAGGAAGGAUCUGGAUAUAGAGACAACUUUGCAGUGA